CUGGUUCGCAGGUCUUUAUGGUAUCCAAUUGCACCUUAACUCAAUUGGUGGCAACUCUAAACGUUUUUCAUCCUCUAUCACCGUUCGCGUCGUGACCCCGGUUGCGACAAAGUUACAACUCUUCAAAAUAGUACACAGUACAAUUCCUGCAUGUCCUGUUAUACAAAAAAGGCUGGCCCAUGAUCAUUAUACAAUUCCCGCAUGCCCCGUUAUACAGAAAAGGCGCGCCCAUGAUCAUGAUGCUGGGGCGUGGGGACAUUCUAUCUCGAAACACAUUGAGUGUACACCACACAUUCUGCACCAUGAAAAUCUUCGUGCCCCAACAUUUGAUAUAUAGUUGUUCUCUUAGCUCUGAAAAAAAAAAAAGAAAGAAAGAAAGGAAGCAUUGGAGGAAAGUAAUGGAGAAGGAACAAAGAGGAGCAAGUAAAACUCAUGUCCUUCUAGUCCCUUUUCCCUUACAAGGACACAUAAACCCAAUGAUCCAACUCUCCAAACGCUUAGCCUCAAAGCGUCUAAAGAUCACCCUUGUCUCCACAAGCUCCGCUCGCAUUUCCAUGGAAGGUCGAGAAGCUGAUUCUCCUGUUGAGGUUAACUUCAUUUCUGAUGGAUACCAAGAAGGCAAAGCAGAGACCAUGGAUGAAGCGCUCGAGCGUAUUGAAACCGAGACUUCUCUAAGCUUAGCCAAGCUCAUUGAGGAUUUGAAGACAACUGAAUAUCCUGCUAAGUUUCUGAUAUAUGACUCCAUUAUGCCAUGGAUGAUGAACGUGGCUCUAGCUCAAGGCCUUGAAGGAGCUCCCUUUUUCACCCAAUCUUGCGCAGCUACGGCUAUAUAUGCUCAUGUCCAUCAAGGGACAUUGAAGCUUCCUCUUCCUCUGGAGGAGACUCAAGUGAUGUUGCCUGGAAUGCCAGAGUUAAGGUCCAAUGACCUACCAUCAUUAGUUUACGAUCCAUGCUCAUAUCCAGCCCUCCACAAGCUUCUACUAGGCCAGUUAUUGAAUCUCCACAAAGCCAGUUUCCUCUUGUGGAACACUUUUGAUGGGUUGGAAGAUGAGGUAGUUAGCUGGAUGGCAAGGCAAUGGCCAAUCAAGCCGGUAGGGCCAACAAUUCCAUCAAUUUACUUGGACAAGCGGCUAGAAGACGACAUAGAUUAUGGACUCAACCUGUUCAAGUCAAACUCUGACGCUUGCUUGAAAUGGCUGGACUCCAAGGGAAUUGGCUCGGUCGUUUAUGUAUCAUUCGGAAGCCUAGCAACCGUGGGAGCGGAGCAGAUGGAAGAAGUAGCUUGGGGUUUGAAGAACAGCAACAUCAACUUCUUAUGGGUGGUCAGAGAAUCAGAAGUGAAAAAACUGCCAACUAGUUUCCUAGAGGAGAUAACAGAGAGGGGUCUAGUAGUGAGUUGGAGCCCUCAAUUACAAGUUUUGGCUCACAAGUCUGUAGGGUGCUUUGUGACUCAUUGUGGGUGGAACUCAGUGCUUGAGGCACUGAGCUUGGGAGUGCCAAUGGUGGCAAUGCCGUACUGGGUGGAUCAACCGACCAAUGCAAAAUUUGUCAAGGAUGUGUGGCAGGUUGGGGUAAGAGUUCAGGUAAAUGAAAAAGGGUUGGUCGAAAAGGAAGAGAUAGCACGGUGUAUAAAGGAAGUCAUGGAAGGCGAGAGACGCCUCGAGAUGAAAAGAAACUCUGAGAGAUUAAAGGAGAUGGCCAGAGAGGCAGUGGACAAAGGAGGAAGCUCUGACAAGAAUAUUGAGGAAUUUGUAAGAAAACUCAUCCACAACUAGCCUGAACAUGUAAUCCACAUUAUAUUGCUCAUAAACUAUUUCUACUAUUCAA